AUGUCCAAAAUCAAGUUGUUAGGUCUGAACCCGAACCCUGAUUUUAUGUGUAUGGAUGCGCGUUCUGGCCCUGGGGGGAGUUUCCUCACCAUGCGGUCGUUAGCUACGAUUCGGGUUUAUUGUCCCGAGUUGGAGAGUCUGGGUGUGUAUGUUGAUACUGGGGUUAAGGACUUUGUGUGUCCAUUCGACGACGAUGAUGGGGUGCAGGAUGAGGAUGCCGGUGUUAUAGAGCCUUUUGGAAAUCUGGAAGAACUGGUCAUCGGCGGUCCGGGCGAUAUCACCACCGCCAACAUGUUCACCACCUCUCUGUCACUCCCGAACUAA